GGUGCAGUGGGGCAAAACCCGAUUCUGUGUGUGCCUGAGACUGACGGGAGCGAGGGGGCGUUGUCGCUGGGGACACAUGAGAGGAGGAGGAGAGAGAGGACUGGCAAGGUGGCGGGAUAUGUGUUGAAGCCUCUGCUCUGUCAGACAUGCGCAAGAGCGUCAGCAGCAGCACCAUCACCAUCACCACCGCUGUGUUGCGUAGCCGCCUUGGCUGAGCGGCACACACAGCGGAGAGGAGAGGGGAGGGGAGGGAAGCCGAUAGGAAAAGUGGACCCACCGAGACGCAGUGGGCCACAGCACGGACUCCGAACAAAUUACAACGUGCCAGCCACCCGUCUCCAAAUUCACACGUCAAGAAGCGACCUGUGCGGUGCGCCCCAGCGCCUUCCAGCAUGAUGACUGCGCUAAAAGACAAGCACUAAAAUGUGACAUUUACAGAGGAAGUCAGAAGAGAGAGCGAGCCUGUGUGUUUAUCUUUUGCGGGUGAUCUCCGUUCCGUGCUCUGCAGUUUGAAAAUGAAGAAGUUCAACAUCAGGAAGGUGCUGGACGGUUUGAAAGAGGUGUCCUCCUCCACCCCGUCUGUCCAAGUGGGGCCACAGGAGAACCAUCUGAUCCAGGAGACCCUCCAGUCCGAGCAUUUCCAGAUCUGCAAGACUGUACGUCAUGGCUUCCCCUAUCAGCCGUCGUCCAUGGCUUUCGACCCCGUACAGAAGAUACUGGCCAUUGGCACCCAGAGCGGAGCUCUCAGAUUGUUUGGUCGUCCUGGUGUAGAGUGUUACUGUCAGCACGAAAGCGGAGCAGCCGUCAUUCAGCUACAGUUUCUCAUCAACGAGGGAGCGCUGGUGAGUGCUCUGGCUGAUGACAGUGUCCACUUGUGGAACCUGAGGCAGAAGAGACCAGCCAUCCUUCACUCCCUCAAGUUCAACAGAGAGAGAAUAACUUUCUGCUACCUGCCCUUCCAGAGUAAAUGGUUGUACAUCGGCACAGAACGAGGGAACAUCCACAUUGUCAACGUGGAGUCCUUUAUGCUCUCAGGCUACGUCAUCAUGUGGAACAAAGCCAUUGAACUGUCCUCCAAGGCUCACCCUGGACCCGUUGUCCAUAUAAGUGACAACCCCAUGGAUGAGGGAAAGCUUAUAAUUGGGUUUGAGUCUGGGAUUGUCGUCCUGUGGGAUCUGAAAUCAAAGAAGGCCGACUAUCGCUACACUUACGAUGAGGCAAUCCACUCAGUUGCCUGGCAUCACGAAGGCAAGCAGUUCAUUUGCAGUCACUCAGAUGGAACUCUGACCAUAUGGAACAUCAGAGGCCAGGGAAAGCCCAUACAGACAAUCACCCCACACGGAAAACAGCUGAAGGAUGGGAAGAAGCCAGAGCCUUGUAAACCCAUUCUCAAAGUGGAGUACAAAACCACUAGAAAUGGGGACCCCUUCAUAAUCCUGUCUGGUGGUUUGUCCUAUGACACUGUGGGCCGGCGGCCUUGUCUGACAGUAAUGUAUGGGAAAAGUACCGCUGUGCUGGAGAUGGACUACCCUAUAGUAGAUUUCCUCACACUCUGUGAGACUCCAUACCCUAAUGAUUUUCAGGAACCUUACGCUGUGGUGGUCCUUCUAGAAAAGGACUUGGUGGUGAUCGACCUUGCACAAAAUGGUUACCCCGUAUUCGAGAACCCCUAUCCUCUGACUAUUCAUGAGUCUCCUGUGACCUGCUGCGAGUACUUUGCCGACUGCCCUGUGGACCUCAUACCUGCACUUUACUCUGUUGGCUCACGGCAGAAACGACAGGGCUACAGCAAAAAGGAAUGGCCAAUUAGUGGUGGAAACUGGGGUCAAGGUACACAAAGCUACUCAGAGAUCAUCAUUACUGGGCAUGCUGAUGGAACUGUGAAGUUCUGGGAUGCCUCUGCAAUAAUGCUCCAGGUGCUCUAUAAGCUUAAAACAGCCAAGGUGUUUGACAGAAACCGGUCCAAGGAAGAUAAGGGCAGCGCUGAGGUGUUAGAUGAAGACCCCUUUGCCAUUCAGAUCAUGACCUGGUGCCCAGAGAGUCGUAUGCUGUGUGUGGCCGGGGUGUCAGCCAAUGUAAUCAUCUACCGCUUCAGCAAGCUGGAAGUAAUUACUGAGGUGGUGCAGUUACUAGAGGUGCGAAUGCAGUAUGAGCUGAACGACAUAGAGUCUCCAGAUGGUGUGGGCGGAGCAGGGGAACAGACAUCGGCGCUUCCAACCCCCGGUGCCUCCCCUCAGACAAGCGGCCCACCUUCACACCCCUCCACCAGCAGCAACAACUCUGAUGGCGGCACCGUGCCGUGCCUCAAAGUGCGCAGUACUUCUCUGAAGCAGUCUCCAGGUUACCAGGUAGAUUUGGUGGUCCAGUUAGUGUGGGUGAGUGGAGAGCCUCCUCAGCAGAUCACAAGUCUGGCGCUCAACUCCUCCUACGGCUUGUAAGCACACACACACGGUCACAUUGUAGACAAGGCAAGAACCAAACCAAAAUCUUUACUCCCAAAGACAGUAGUGCUCAACCUGGGGACGGUCGAGCUUUACGGCUCCAAUGACCCCUACCAGAGACAGCCCCGGUCGCCAAGAAAGACACGACAGCCUUCUGGAGGUCUGUGUGAUAUCAACGAGGGCUCAGCCACAUCAGAGGAUCGCUGCAAGUCCCCUACUUCAGUGUUGAUGUCAAACAGCAAUCUACAGCAGUUCUACAAUGGAGGUGGUAGAGGAGCAAAGAUGUCACGGAAAUUAAGCUUGCCUACUGAGCUAAAGCCAGACUUGGACCACCGGGACAAUUCUUUCAGCCGCUCACGCUCCUCCAGUGUCACCAGCAUCGACAAGGAAUCCAGAGAAUCCAUCAGCUCCUUCCAUUUCUGCGAGACAUUUGCCCGGAAAGGGGACAGCACUUUGACACCCUGCCUGUUUGUGGGCACCUCACUGGGAACUGUACUGGCCCUAGCACUCGCAUUGCCACCUGCUGGGGAGCAACGGCAACUGCAGCCAGUUAUCAUUUCACCUACGGGCUUGUUGGUGCGACUCAAGGGCGCCAUCAUGCGGAUGGCUAUCCUGGACUCAGCAGGGUCCUUGCUGCCCCCUGCAUAUGAGCCUUGGUAUGAACCCAACAUUACAGCAGAUGGUGAAGAAAGAGAGAAGGUCCGUAAGCGCCGGCCCGUCUCCGUGUCGCCCUCCUCCUCCCAGGACCUGAAUGAGAGCCAGUACGCUGUAGUGUGUUCAGAGAAACAGGCCAAAGUCAUUUCCCUCCCCUCCCAGACUUGCAUCUACAAACACAGCAUCACAGAGACCUCCUUCAUCUUACAGGCCAAUGUGGUGCAGAUGAGCCAAGGCAUGUGUGUGGCGUGUUUCUGUGCCAACGGCCAUAUCAUGACCCUCAGUUUGCCAGGAUUAAGACCGCUCAUGGAUGUAAACUACCUGCCUUUGACAGACAUGCGGAUAGCCAGGACGUUCUGCUUCACCAACCUGGGACAGGCCAUGUACCUCUGCUCCCCCACUGAGAUCCAGAGGAUCACGUACAGCCAGGAGACCUGUGAAAACCUACAAGAGAUGCUGGGUGAACUUUUUACACCAGUGGAGACACCAGAGGCCCCCAACAGAGGGUUCUUCAAAGGUCUCUUUGGCGGAGGAGCACAGUCACUAGAUAGAGAGGAGCUAUUUGGUGAGUUAGUAGCUGGACGGGCAUCUCGAAGCCUGGCUCAGCACAUCCCAGGUCUGGGUGGCAUUGAGGGCAUGAAGGGGGCUGCCUCUGGCGUGGUUGGAGAUCUGGCACGUGCUCGAAUAGCUCUGGAUGAAAGAGGCCAGAAACUGGGUGAGCUGGAGGAGAGGACAGCUGCUAUGAUGGCCAGUGCAGAUACCUUUUCCAAACACGCCCAUGAGAUGAUGCUGAAGUGCAAAGACAAAAAAUGGUACCAGUUCUGAUUAGUAACAGGGGCGGAGCAGUAUUUCAUGGGCACGGCUGUCACCUUCCAUUGGCUCACCUGGACUCACAGUGAUCCCAGCGCUUGUCCAUCUGUUCAUUCAUCCAUCUCUCCAAGCCAUGUUCACUGAGACACUUGGGAUUUUCUUCCCUAGCACAAUGUUGAAUACUGUUCUUACCUCAGUCUUAAGCUGGAACUGAGGGGUAACCAGGGAAGGAAGGACAAGCUCAGAGGGAGCAAAUAAAAGGCGCCUUUUUUAUGUUCUUGUCUAUUUGUUUAUCUUCCUUCAACCUCUCCUCCGAGGUAGCCGACUGGCCUGCGCAGCUGGAGGUUCUUUGUUCUCAUUUGCCAAAAAAGUCCUUCACUGUUGUCUCCACUUUGAGCCCAUCGCGGGCCGCAUUCAAAUGAAUGAACACAGCUGAAAAAAAAAAGACAAAUACCUAAUGAAGAAACAGACUACAAAAAAUAUUCUUAAAAUGUAAAAAGAAGGAAAACAAAUCUAAAUACAUCCUUAUAUAUAAAUAAAUCUAAUAAAUGUGCAAUGCUGUAUUCACUUCUGAGUGACAAGUACUAAAGAAAGGGAUCAAGGAGACAAGGUGGGAAGGCCAAAGGAGGCAGCGUUGGAGAUCCACAGGAGGAGAGUGACACCUCCUCUAUGCAGAGUCACAGGGAUAAAAGCAACUUAUUUUGAUGUAAACUGGAUAUCUCAUCUCACCCAACCUCUAGACUCCCCCCGUAUCCCACAGACUUUCAUACCAACCAUUUGUGUGGGUGUUAAUUUCUCUUUUUUCCCCAUUCCCCCUAUUUGUUAUUCGUUGGGUUUUUUGGCUCUGUAUUACUGGAAAAUCUCUUAUUUUUCUAUUCUUGUGAAAGUGGAUGAUAUUUGGUUUGUUGAAAGAGGAUUUUGUGGCUUUUGUCUAACAACCAAUUAAUUUCUUCUUAUGAAAAGGGCUGGAAUUUAAAAAAGGAGGGCAAGGAUAUAAAAGGCAUAUAUCAUUUAGUACUCACCGACACACCAAGUGCAUAUGAACCAUACAUGUUUAUUGUUUACCUGAGGAUCUCAUCUAUUGACUUGUCCUGCCUCCCCCACCCAUUAAUGUCAUAAGCUUCCACAGUUAGGAUUAAUGUGACUAUACUGAUGAGAUCAGUGUUAAAUGCACUAAUAGUCUAGCCACAUUUGUUGGGUUUUCACGAGUUUCCAAAUUCUGAAGGGGGAUUACGUACACGUAAGUAGAAAGCCUAUUUAUGUGUAUUCAUAUAUGCAGGAUAAUAGAAAUAUGAAUGUGUAAUCCUUUAAAAACACAUUUCAUUUGUCCUUUGCUGACAUUUGCUUAGGCGAGAAAGUUGCCUGGGUGAUUCUUUUAUUAAUACUGUAUUUAUUUACUGAGGUGCAAGAGACAGUUGUGCUUGGUGUCAGAAACUUCAUCAAUAUCUUGUUUUCAUUCCCAUGUUUGCAGUAAAGCUCAAAUCUGGUGCAUCUAUGUCUACCAGGCUAUUAACCUUAAUUUGUAUAUAAGUAAAUAGUUUGACAAUCUAAGACCAACUGGAAAGUAAAUGUCAAGGUUGCUCCAGCAACAUAAGAGGAGAGAGGCCAUAUUUUUUCUGACACCAAAGAGUUGCUUUAGCUUUUCUGUUGUCAAUUGGCUUGUCACGCCAUGAGUCUCAGCACCAGACGCAGUAAUAUGUGUACUUCCAGACGGUUUCACAUGUGGAGUGCAGACCCAGGAUCAGGCCCAUUUAGGAAUAUUAUAAUCUUUGUCACCUUUCAGGGUUAAAGAAACUGAGCAAGUUGCAAAGGAACUCAGCCAUUUAUACUGUAGGAAUAUUGUGUUACAGUGUGUCAUAUAAUGUAACAGCUGGACAAAUGUUUGAUGUUUAAAGUGACCUAACUGCUGGGUGAUAAGAAACAAAACCCCGAAGCAUUCCACUAUGGCUCAGACACACAAUAUUUAUGGUAUUCAUCUAUGUGUGCACCCAUGUGUGAAUGUAUGUGUUUGUACUGUCUGUGUUAGGGUGUGUUCAUGUAAAUUAAGUGAUAUUACUGAUGAUGAUUUUGUUUAAUAAUUGAUGUUGAUGUCCUUGUCUCUCACCAAUCAGCAGUCUGUGCCCAGUUGAGUGUUUGUUACCCAACUAAAACCAAUGAUGACAAAAACUAAAUAGAAUAAUGAGCAUUAGAGGAUGACCUCUGAAUUCUGAUUCACACAGCGCCCCUUCACUUUUCAGUCCUUGCCUUUGUCCUCUGAUUUCUCUCUUUUUCUUCUUCUUCUUUGUGCUUAAUUGUACUGUGGAUGCUGGUAGGUAGCACUGUUGUUUCCCUUGUGGUGAAGAAGAGAUAAAAAAAAAAAAAGAUUCAUGAAAUACAGCUGGGUUUAUCUAGAGGUCAUCCCUGAAACCUUGUUCAGCAUCUUUCCCUCCAACCCAAGUGUUUAUAUGUGUUUGGUUUUUUCUUUUCUUUUUUUAAAUGUUGUAUACUUGUCUUUUCAUCUUUGAGUGAUUAGUUUCUUGUCCGUGCACUACAGUAUGCAGUGUUCCUACCCAAACAAUUCACAAAGUCAGACAACGACAAGAGGGAAUCCUGUCCAUUUGCCAUACACCAUCUUUUCUCCUGGAUUUAACAGUUAUCACUGAGUUGCAGUAUUUUUCUCAUUGUAGCCAAUUUUCUUGUACAGUUUUAUGCAACUUUCACAUGGAUGUUUAUGACUAUCUUCUGCCACAGAAGUUUAGAAAUUCUGUAGAUAGAGAUUACUGUGCAAUGGAAAAUAAAACUGGAAAAUGUAA